AUGAGUUCUCUCAAAGACAUCAUGUCUAUAAUCGACCGUACGGGCGCGAAGACGCAGGCGACGGUUUCGAAGCAAGGCCCGCCCGCCGGAGCCCCUAGGCCAGCGCCGCGACCGAUCGGAGGGGCGAAUAGCGCCUCGCAAACCCCCCAGCUGAAGCGCAAGGCCUCGGGUCCAGUCGAGAGUACACAGGUCAAGAUACAGAGGAAGGAGGCUGUCGGGGGAUCAGCGCAGGCAAAUGGUGCCGUGCGCGCCACCUCAUCGCCUGCCACGUCGAAACCGACUCCGUCCGCCUCUACCACCGCCGUCCCGUAUCGUGGCACUGCUGCACCAGCAUCUUCAAAGCCGGCGAAUCCCCCCGUGCGAAAACCCCUACAGUCGUCAAACGCACCCGCUGCCAAACCGAAGGCUGCAGCUCCUGCACCCAAGCCUGCGCCCGCCGCCACCACCUCAACACCCGCCUCGUCUGCCGCACCCAAGAAAGGAUAUCUCGCUAUGCUUCAGAAGGCGAAAGAGAAGGACUCAACGAAGCCUAUCGCCCCACCAAUCAAGCAUGAACCAACAAAGAUCCUUACACGAAAAGAACGCUUGGCACUGAAAGCAGAAGCAAGUGCCGGCGCAAAGGGCAAGAAGCCUGUCGCUGGAUUACCCUCAAGAACAACAGACCCGAAAGCUGAUCCAUCGAAAGACAAGAAGAAGGCUGUCGAAGUUGGUUAUCAAGGCACAGCACGACCUGCCAAGAAGCCUGUUGAGGUUGGCUACAAGGGAACCGCCCGUCCAACAAGCGCACCUGCAACGUCUAGUCGAAACGGCACACCAGCCGUCAAGGCCAAACCGAACCCAGGCAAAGGAAGAUAUGACGGUUACGCAGACUGGGACGAGCUUAGUGAGAUGGAGGACGAAGAAGAAGACUAUGCCUCUGACGCUUCUUCUGAUAUGGAGGGCGGUAUCUGGGACGUAGAAGAAGAAGAACAGAUAGCACUCAAGGUUGCUAAGAAGGAAGACGCGGAGGCACUAGCGGAGGAAAAUCGGUUGAAGCGUGAGAAAGAAGAACGUAAGAAGAAGUUGGCGGCUAUGGCUGCCAAGGCGAAGAAGAGGUUUUGA